UGAUCGGUCUACUAAUCCCUUUUUAUUUUGGGGUUCAUCGGAUACGCUACGGGCGAUAACCCGUCCCCCGUACGGCCAUACCCAGAGAACUUACCCACUGAUGACUGAACCAAUCAGGUACUGCCAAGUGCCAAACCGUCUCUGCUUCUGCGUUUUUGAGCAAAACACCUUAAGCCUACUUCUAUUCUAACGAGUCGGGAUCUCCUGCCCACGAAAACUUUGCAUAGUUUUCCCAAUUCGCGGGGGUAGUGUAUUGUGGGCAGGGGGUGUUAGGGGAAUCGGAGAUUUGACCCAAAAACAGAGAGACAGGGUUUUAGGUCUAACAUCAUCAAUGGGCUUGACGAACUUCAUCCUGACAGUCGCGGGAGUCAGCGCUGUUGUUCUUCUGCUUAGGAGCGACGUCAAACAAUCUGCUGCGAUUUUCAGACGCAAUGUUCGUCAGAUUCGCCAGUGGCUCGAAGAAGAAUCCGCCUCUGCUUCUAAGGCUUCAGAAAAGUCAAAACCUAGGGAACUGGAAUCCCAGGUUCCCCAUAAAGAUAUCUCCAAGGAGGAGAAACAAUGAUCUUUCAAUGGAGGAUAGGGUUUAUUAUAAAUAAUUGCCCAAGUUUGAAGCUUCACCAUCCAAUUCUUUUGUGGGUAUUCUUGUUUAAAUUGUUAUCUUUGAACUUGUUUCUAGACCCAUUUUCUAAUCUACCGAGUUCGAUGGAAAAUGAAAUAAAUAGAAAGAUAAGGGGAAAAGUUGAAAUGGGAAAGGGGCACCAUGUACCAGGUCAAUUUUAAUAGUUUUCCUACUAAUCGAUUUUCAUAAUCAAGCUAGGCUUCACUUCAUCCUGCUCGUUUUUGGCUACUCUUUUUAUGGAGCAGAGGUGCAUAUCAUUACAGUCGUCUACCAGGUCUCACAUUAGGCCCUGGUGAUCUCCUCGGUAUGACUUAAAUAAAUGUAUGAUGAGUCUGAACGCUCAAUGUUCUGUCCAGGUGAAGUGCCAUACUUUCAUCCUAUCCAUAAUACUCUCCUAGUCUCAUCCAUUCCAUGGAGCCAGAACUGGGUUGCAUGGCAAAGUGAAAGCAUAGUUGUCUGUCAUGAGACAAGCGAAGGCAUUUUGAUGGUGUAUGGUAAUCACGAUACAUUUCACUGCUUUAUCAAGUGAUGUUAUGGUAUAUUUCGAGCUUGUGCUUGGUGGGUGGUGGCAAUGGCUAUUUCGUCACCCAGCGUAUCACCAUUCUUUAGGUAUUGGAAUUCAAUAAGAAUCUAUUUUGUAA